CGGCGUUGUUUCGAAGGUCGCUCUUGGUGCCCACUAAGAGGAUGGGGACGCCGGGGCAAUGGUGUGACACCUGUGGACACGUGACAAUGUAAGUAAACGCAGCACUAAGUCAUUAAACGUCAAUCAAACGGACACGCCCCUUUUCGCUAACACAGCCUGACCUCAGGAUGCCAUUUGUGUUUGACAUUCUCGUAGGAGGCGGGGCUUGAGAUGGAGAAGCAGAUGAUGAAGACGUGGGUCUGCGGAUAGGACAGCGUCCGCAGGCGGUCAUACUCCUCUUGGCCUGCCGUGUCCCACAGGUUCAGGCUGAUGAUUCUACUGUCCACUGUCACCUGAACGCACCACACACAGUUGUUUCACUUUGACUUAGAGUCUGCUGGCGUAGAAGAAGUGAGGAACAAACUGAGUUCUUCUCGCCUGAUCGAUCACACCUGAUCUGAUGAUCCCAAUGGAUUAAAAAGAGGAGACAACAUUGCCCGUACAUGGAGGGUGUGUGUUUGUGGCUGGUGUGUGUGCACGUCCUGAAUGUCCUGAGUGUCAGCGCUCAUGGCGGACCGGACAAAGGCGAGCACCCCCAUCCGGACCACCAACAUCACCAUUCCAACGCCAACACUAACUCAGAUCUGUGUGUCAUCGACCAGCAGCUCUGUCAGAAUGAGAACGCCUUGCUGAGUUUUGAGGCCAUCUGCAGCAUCCACAAGCUAAUGGACGAUGAUGCGGACGGCGCGGUGGACGCGACCGAGACAGACGAGUUUCUGCGGGAGGAUCUCCAGUAUCACGACCCGAAAGCCAAGCAUAGCAGCUUUCACCGCGUGGACCUGCGCAUCAGCGUGGAGGACAUGUGGGAUGCCUGGAAGAACUCAGAAGUGUACAACUGGACAUGCGAGCUGGUGGAGGAGUGGCUGCAACUCAGCGUCGAGCUUCCUCAAUACGCAGAAACCUUCCGCCAACACGGCCUGGAUGGCAAGGCGUUACCAAGGCUGGCGGUAAAAAACACCACCUUGACCGUGUCGCUGUUAAAAAUCUUGGACCGUAGUCAUGCCCAGAAGCUGCAGCUGAAGGCUUUAGAUACAGUACUGUUUGGACCACCUCCUGGUCUACAAAACCGUUGGAAGGACCUGGUUCUGGGCGUGUCAAUCCUGGCGGCGCUGGGCGGAUGCUGGUUUGCAUACAUCCAGACCAGGAGGUCCCGGGAUGACCUUGGCAAGCUGAUGAAGGACCUGGAGGGUCUCCAGAGGGCUGAGCAGAGUCUGAUGGACCUGCAGGAGAAGCUGCAGAAGGCUCAGGAGGAGCAGCGCUGCGUUCAGGUAGAGAAAGUGAAGGUGGAAGAGGAGCUGAGGAAUGAGAUCAACACCGCCAAGCAGGAAGCUCAGCGUCUCCGAGAGUUGCGAGAGGGCACCGAGAACGAGAGGAGUCGUCAGAAAUAUGCCGAAGAGGAACUGGACCAGGUGAGGAUGGCACUAAAGAACGCAGAGAGGGAGCUGGAGUCGCGAGCUCGUUGGGCGCCGCCGGACGCUCUGCAGACGUGGUUGCAGCUGACGCACGAAGUGGAAGUGCAGUAUUACAACAUCAAGAAGCAGAGCGCCGAGAAGCAGCUGCUACAAGCCAGGGAAGGGGCAGAGAAGAUCAAAAAGAAGAGGAGUUCUCUAUUCGGAACCUUUCAUGUGGCUCACAGCUCCUCGUUAGAUGACGUCGACCACAAGAUUCUCUCUGCCAAACAGGCCCUUGCUGAGGUGACGGCAGCCCUGCGAGAGAAGCUGCACCGCUGGCAGCACAUCGAGUCUCUCACUGGCUUCUGUUUGGUCAACAACCCGGGUCUGGGAGCUCUGGCUGCCGCCCUCAACUUGGACCCGUCCUUCCUGGGCCUAAGACCCUCCACCCCGCAACAUCUCUUGCUCUCUGACGAUCUCGACGACAUGGACGAGGACAUCCUGUCGCCUGGGACGCUGCAAUAUGCAGCCUGGCAGAUGGACCGAAGGGUGAGUGACCUGUGGCCUUUGAGUGGCAUCGCAGACAACCAUUCGCCAUGGAAACUCUCAGCUCAGAGUCUGAUGCCCCUGCAGCAAAGGAUGGGAGACCCAGCUGUGAAGUUCAGCUCGCAGAGAGACAUAAUGGACCGCUCAGACUCUGACUCCGCCCUCCCGCUCUCUCACAAUGAAUCCAGGAGCAUGUACGGCUCCAAGCCCCUCCUACUUGCACCUAGGCUCCACCCCCUGCAGAGUCACAGCCCCAGAUUUAGAGUGGGAGGAAGCCUUGAGAAGAGCUCAAGCCUGGGGGAGCUGAGGGGCACCUCUGCCGCCUUCCUCGCCUCCUCUUGCUCUACCCGCUCCCUCUGCGUCACGCCCGACAGCGCCGACGGCCCCGCCCUUUUCUCCUCUUGUCCGGGCUCGUCGAGCGGCGGGACGGGCAUUCACACUCCCCCGAGGUGGAGCCCCGUGGAGGAGGAGAAUGGGUGCGAGGAGAGCGAGUCGUCGGGCGAACGCAGAAGACACGCCUUCAAUAAAAUUUUCAAGAAGAAGAAGUGACAUCA